AUGGCAGACCUACCCUCAGUCCGCGUAUCGCCAAUCUUCCCAUUCCUUAAUACGGGAGUAGAUUUUUGUGGACCAUUUCACCUGCGGCCAUUGCAUCGAAAGGCUGCUCCACAAAAAUGCUUUGUUGCAGUGUUUGUCUGCAUGUCAACUAAGGCCGUGCAUCUAGAAGUCGUUGGAGAUCUCUCCACCGAUUCUUUCAUCGCUUCACUGAAACGGUUCGCAGCCACACGUGGCGUCCCUCAGACCAUAUUUAGCGACAAUGCGACCAACUUUGUCGGAGCCAGACGAACCUUGAACGAGUUUUUGCAGCUCUUUCACACCCAACAGAACCGAGAUCAAAUUGUUCGACUGUGUUCGGACGAAGGCAUUCAGUUCAGAUUCAUUCCUCCACGUUCACCACAUUUCGGUGGUAUUUGGGAGGCAGCGGUCAAAUCCCUGAAAACACAUCUCUACCGCACACUAAAUAAUGCCCUGGUGACCAACGAACAGAUGCAGACUGUUUUAACGCAAGUUGAGGCUUGCCUAAACUCUAGGCCUCUCACGCAACUCAGCAAUGAUCCGGAUGACUUGGAUGUUUUAACGCCAGGACAUUUUUUAGUACACCGUCCACUGACUGCUAUAGUGGAACUUUCUUACGAAGAAAUCCCUACCAAUGGUUUGUCGCAGUGGCAGACAAUUCAAGAAUUCAUCCGUCGCCUCUGGAAGCUAGUCAAAGACGACCAUUUGCCACCAAUGAAGUGGCGUUUCGGGCGAAUAGUGGACACAACACCCGGACCCGACGGACACGGCCGUGUAGUCAACAUCCGCACCAAGGACGGCAUUUAUCAACGGGCAAUUACACGUAUCUGCGUUUUGCCGAUUCAAGACAACCAGCAACCUCAUAACGAAAUUUAG